UUACUUCCAUAGCAUAUCAACACUGAAUUUACGAAAAAGAUUUCGUUGUUGCUUCAUUUUGAAGGGACUUUUUUAUUAUGUGUUGAAAUACGAAGAAUAUAUCUUUGUUCUGUGUUUUUUUUAUACAGACUUCUUUCAUACAUAAUAGGAAAUAAAUCGGUUUGACUGUAUGUCUCAUACAUGAAAUGAUACUGUCAUUAUAUCAUUUGAUGAGGUUAUAUCGUUACAAAUGACGGUGUUGUUUAGUCAAAUACAAACUCAACUUAAAAGUCAUUUAAAUGAAAUGUUCAAAAGAAUUGGAACUGAAGUAUUUUUUUAACUUUAGCUACGACAAAUUAGGAAAUAAAUACUUUGUGGGAAUUUAAUGAAUGAAGGCAAAGCAAGAUAUUUUGCGGGGGGUCUUUACUGGGGUUAUUGUGACCCAGGUAGACCAAAAAUCCUCCUCAAUAAUAAGCUUUUGAUCAAGACUGCCAAUGUAAGACUGAACUACUGAUGCAUGGAAUAAUUGUCUUUAACAUUAAAUACGGACAGCAUCAAUGGGAAACUGUUUUUCGUGCUUUAAGGUGUCUCUUCCACCAACCACUGCCACUCGCUCUUCAUCGUUCGAUUAUAAAGACGAAACAAUGGAAUUGAGAGGUUCAUUCUUAAAUUCUUGCCAACAAACUGGGCCCUUAGUGCCUGAAGCACAUAUAAAUGGAAACACACUAUCAACAUUCAAUAAUGUAGGAUCUGAUAAUUGUGGAUCUAUGCCUACCGUACAAAGUAAUUUACGUUCGUCAAGGGGAUUUUAUGCACGGUUAUCACCAUUGGGUAGAUCUGGAACAUCAUCUGGUCUUAAUACAACUACUGAAUCAAAACAACAAAAAGAACCAUCAGAAAACAAGUUAAAUGCUUUAUUUGACCAAUAUAAGGAUUCACAUGAGGAUGUAAUUUUAGCUGAUGGUAUAGAAAGAUUUUGUAAUGAUCUACAAUUGUCACCAGACGAAUUUAAAGUACUUGUUCUUGCUUGGAAAUUAAAUGCUAAACAGAUGUGCCAAUUUACACGUCAAGAAUUUGUAAUAGGUUUGAGAGCAAUGAAAGUAGACAGUAUACGUGGUAUACAAGCAAGAUUACCAGAAAUUGUUCAAGAAUUAACUGUAAACAAUGAUUUAUUCAAAGAUCUCUAUCGAUUUACAUUCCGAUUCGGUUUAGAUGUUAAUUCCGGUCAAAGAAUAUUACCAGCUGAUAUGGCAAUUGUUCUCUGGAAGCUUGUUUUCACAAUACGUGAACCACCUCUUUUGUCAAGAUGGCUUAAAUUUUUGGAGUGCCAUCAUGUUCGAGGCAUACCUAGAGAUACAUGGAAUAUGUUUUUAAAUUUUGCUGAAAGUAUCGGUGAUGAUCUUAGUGUUUACGAUGAUGCAGAAGCAUGGCCAAGUUUAUUUGAUGACUUCGUAGAAUACGAAAAUGAUCAAAUGAACCAAAAUAUCAGCAAAGAUGAUAUAAAAGAUGUUUCUAUUGAUAAUUAAUAUUCGAAAAAAGUUCUAAUUAUAAACAAAUAUUAUCAUUAUAUAUUUAACCUUUGAACGGAAAUAUUUAAAAUUGUUUAAUAUUGAAAUGAUAAAAAUAAUUAUAUUAUUAAAUUUUUUCACUAAUUUUUUUAUUUUUUCUUAUGCACUAUCUAAUACAAGAAAAUUUAUUAAAUAAUUUUUCCUCUUUCGUAAAAAAAUUACUGUUCAAAGGAUUUUAUUCAGGGAUAUAUAUAAAUAUAAAAUUUUGCACAUCUAAUGAACACAUUAGAACAAAAUUUCUAUAAUUCUAAAUUUGUGAUACAGUAUGUAUGAACGUAUACAACUUUUAAGACAUUAAUAUUUCUCAAAUUAUGUGAAGAUAUCGGUAAAGAAAAACGAUAGAUGUAAAAAAAGAUGCAAUUAUAUAAAAAUUCUUAAAAAAUUUAUUUGAUAUCACACUAAAAUAGAAUAUAUGACGUAAUUCUAUUUACUGGUGUAAACAUGCUACUGUAAAACAAAUUUAGUCAUUUGUGAUCAUAGUUUAUGAUAGUGUUUUAAAUGGACGUAUGAUUUAUUUAAAUUAUGUUCCUAUUUAUUUUCUUAAAUGUCAAUAAUUGAAGCCUCGACCAUGAUUGAAAUCGCGAAUAAUGAUUAUUAAAAUUUAUUGAUAAACAUAUUUCGAAUAUAAUAACAUUCAUUACACAUUUGUAUAUAGUGCCAUGUCUUUCGAAAAUACUAAAAAAUUAUAAAAAUUGAUGAUAAUUAAUAUAUCAUUAAACAAAUGUAUGACUCGUUAAUAUUUUUGCAUACAAUAUAAAUGUGCUACAUAUUUACAUUGCAGGUUCGAUCAUUACAAACGAUUUUUAGCUUCAUAUAGACUUACUUUAGAAAUUAAUUGAUGAUAUUUUUAAAAUAUCAUAAAUAUGCUUAAAUAUAUAUUCAGUGCCCUCUUAUCUGCAAUACUUACGAGAAGUACAACAUUUAAGACAAAAUAUAAUAAUUUUAAAAAUAAUUGUUGUUCGCAUAGAGGAUCUUUUUAUAUAAUAUAUUUCAAAGUGAAUAAAAUCAUUGAUAAUAUGAUUUGCUUUGUCACUUACAAUUAGUAAAGUAA